CGUUGCUUUUUAUGCUAUGAUGAAGACGCAUUAAGCGGAGACAUCUAUUUAUACCACGUUCUUACAUUGAAAUAUAUCUUACAGACGUCUUUUUUUUUUUUUUUUUACUGAUAUUUACAGAAACAUCUAGUGGGAAUUAUCAAGAGCAAGAUGCUCAACAGCAAUGAACACAGGAUGAAUUUCACAGGACAAUAUGACUUUCAAAAGCAGUGCAGCUCUGGAGAUGUACACUGUGAUUUUGUCUCUAAGAAGAAAGCAGAUAGAGUGGACCACCCAUUUCCAAACAAGGCUAUAAUCCACAGACGAGCACCUAGGAAACAAGUCCCUCUUGGUUUGGAUGAUUUUGAGAAAAUUUGUAUUUCAACACAGGAAAGGAGCAAUUUUUUGCCUGAAAAAUAUCAUUCUGAUGUCAUCAGAAAUAUCAGAAGAUCAAGGAAAACCUCCCAAAGAAUGCCCAGUGGAGAGCUGGAGAUGGAUGGAGAAAUUUAUGCCAAAGAGCUAAUACUGCUGGAGAAGCUGGGGAAGGUAGAGCAAACAAUAAGGAAAUCAAUCCAGUAUGACGGUGGAAACACACAAACAGGUGAUGUGUUCAAGAGCAGAUUUGAGAGGCAGCACAGUGAAGAAAGCAAACAGGAAAAACCUCAAAAAUCCAAGAUAUCUCACUUUAUUGACAUAGAAGAAGCAGACUGCCAUGGCAACUUUACCAGAUCAAGAAAUAAAGAAAAUCCCAGGACUGGAGAUCAAAUGAAAAACACAUACGAAGUACAGCAGGCCAGAGGGGAAGUCAUUAAACAAAAAGUGAAAAGUAUAACCCUGCAUGCAAAAGAGCCUCUCAGAGGAAAAACUGUAGGUGAAAAACAUUGCAAAAUGUGGGAAGAAGUAGAUGAAAAACACAGUGAACAAAACCAGCCGUCUCUGGGCAACACAACUUGGAUGAGAGAGAAGAAAUACAAAAAGAUGCUUCAUAAGAGUCCCAAUGGUUCAGGUGAUAAGCAGAACAUACACCAGAAGAGUGUUCUUAAACCUGUUCAUAGAACGGCCACAGAAACCCAAAGAAGAGAAGAACGAGAACUGUCUACAGAAUCAGCUCCACUACUGGUUUCUAACUCAUCUCAAAGAAGCAAAGAUCAACAACCGGUAGAUCUCACAGAGACUUUUAUGGCCGAUGACACCUUGAAGUUUCUUCCCUGCAAAACCUGCAACAGGAUGUUCAGAAGUGAACGGCUGGAGACACAUACCAGGAUCUGUUCAAAGCUGAAAAGAUCUCGUCCAGUUUAUAACACAUCUGCUCAUAGGAAGAAAGGAAUAAAAUAAGGGGAGUACUGGAAAAGCAAAAGUUCAGAGGUUAUGAGGAAGAAAUUACAAUAUCACGAGGAAAGAUGUGUGACCUCUGCAGGGGUCAACUCCACGCUGGAAAUUAAAGGCCAAGAUGACCCAAAUAAAACAUGGACCUUCAGAUUUCCUGUUAUCAAAUGACCCCCUCUACUACCAGGGCAAGAGAUUGCAAAUUUUCUUUGAAAAAAAAUGAAUGUACAAAAAUAAAUGUUAACCGUUUUAGGCA